AUUGUCACAGCAAGUGAAGUUGGGAAUUGCCAGCGACACGAAAUUCACCACCUCAACAUACGAAAACUCAAUCAGUGCGACACAGCAAGGCUGAACGUGCGGAAGUGAGACUCAGUUGAAGAACUACAAAUUAUAUACUUCACCGAAAAUAACCGAUUAGAAUUGCUUGUUGCAUAAUUUGUAGUGUUGUUGUACUCAAAGAGUAUGAAAAGUGUUUCAAAUAAAUAAAAUAAUAUUUUCAAAAAGUAAAAGUUCUCAAACUAAUUAUGGAAAUUACCGAGCCGACACUGUGCGUUUACUAUGUGAGCAAAGCUUUGGCGCUGGCGCCAUUCUCGGUACGCCGAAACUCGAAGGGUGUGUUGGAUAUUCGACGUAGCGUCAUGUUCUCGGUUUAUUCAGCCUCACUGUGCUUGCUAAUGGUCUUUUUGACCUAUCAGGGACUUUUGUUCGAUGCAAAUUCGCAGAUGCCAGUGCGCCCAUCUUUUAGAAUGAAAUCAGCCACAUCGAAACCAGGUCUAGUGGUCACAGCCUUAGAUGUUUCGGUUGUGGUGUUUGCGUGUUCGGCAGGAGUCGGUUGUGGCUUGUGGGGAUAUCGCGCAACGCGUGAGCUAAACACGCGACUGAGAAAGGUCGAUGAUUCGUUGCAUUCAUUUUCCAAUUUUAAACGAGAUCGCAUAUUGGCGAUAUUAAUGCUGGGGCUACCGUUAAUAGCAAUCACAUCGAUUUUAGGAUUGGACCUCUCGACUUGGCUACGUUUUGCCAUUGAAAUGAGAACGCCCACAGAUGACACGGAGUUAAAUGUACAAUGGUACAUACCAUUCUAUAGCCUCUACUUCAUAUUAACGGGCUUGCAAAUCAAUUUUGCCAAUACCGCCUUUGGCCUGGGUAGACGCUUUCGACGUCUAAAUGUGAUGUUGAGAAGUAGUUUUCUAAAAGAUGUUGAUAGCAGCCAAAAGCACGUUUCCUUAAAACCAUUAAUAACUACUGUGAAGGUGGUGUCGCAGCAUCCGUUAGCUUUACACCAAAGUCUAUCAAAAUUGACCCAUGUUCCAACUCAAGACACAGCUAAAAAUAAAGUGGCCUUAUUAAGAUUGCUGGAAGAAAACCACGAGUCUUUGGGCAAAUGCAUGCGCUUAGUAUCCAAUUCGCAUGGCGUUGCAGUGCUUUUCAUAUUGGUCUCUUGCCUGCUGCACUUGGUCGCCACUUCAUAUUUCCUUUUUUUGGAGUUGCUAAGUAAAAAGGACAGCGGCAUGGUGUGGCUACAAGUGUUAUGGAUUAUCUUUCAUUCGCUGCGCUUAAUAUUAGUCGUUGAGCCAUGUCAUUUGGCAACCGUAGAGUCCAAAAAGACUAUACAAAUAGUGUGCGAAAUUGAGCGUAAAAUUCACGAUCCAAUAUUGACCGAGGAGGUGAAAAAGUUUUGGCAACAAUUACUUGUGGUGGACGUGGAAUUUUCGGCGAGUGGUCUUUGUCGUGUUAACCGAACGCUACUGACAUCGUUCAGCUCAGCUAUUUGCACAUAUCUCGUAAUACUCAUACAAUUUCAAAACACCAAUGGCUAAACUAUUUGAGAACUAUUCUGAUAUAUAGUAAAUAAAUAUUGUUUUAAAAUAACUAAUAACAAUUUGUUUACUGGUGUAAAUAUUGGAUAAUUUCACGAAUGAUAAAUCAAAUUGCACAAGCAAAUAUUUCGAUGCAAAAACGUUAUAUCAAAUUUAGAAAUUAAAUUUUUAAUACUAACUUUGAAAUUUUAAUUCAGAUUUUGGAUAAAAAAUUAGAUUUUGUGAUUAGAAAUUUUAUUUUUAAUAUAACUAAGAAAGAAUUAUAUUAAA